AUGGACUUCUUUGAGAUUGGCGACGGCUCGACCACGCAGAACUUCCUCGACAAGGUUGGCCAGCUAUACGACGGUAAGCAACUUGCAGCGCCGCCGCAGUACUCCAACUUCGACGCGCGGCAGCGAUCCGACGUUCAAAGCGGCCAGAUGGACGCCGACCCCAACCGUGCUAGCAUCCAGGACGUCUCGACCAUGGGCUUCUUCGCCAUCCUACUCCCCGUCCGUCUGGCGCCCUUCGAGCCCGCGCAGACCCUUGCUGACGAACUCGAAGCCGUUAAGGAGCGCCUGCGGCAGGCAAUGCAGCACGCACGCGUCCCCUACGCCGUCGAGCAGGGACGCCUCGGCCUCGUGUCCUCGUCGGCGGAUCUAUCCCAUGCGUCGCUGUUCCAGGUCGUCUUCGACUACAGACAAAAGCUGCUGCGGAUACUUGACGGCUGGGUGUUAUUUCAGCACACGGAGCUGCCAUUCACUAUCUGCACUCCGCAGCCCGAAUACGCUCUCAGAGUCCGGGUUGCCAUCGUCCCUCGGGCCGGGAACGUAGUGGCUCCACUUGAUCUUCGGUUUGCCCGUGCAACGCGAAGACGAUUGGAGUGA